UUGUGCUAUAAUUGUAGGCGAAAAUCACACGGUGCCCACUUCUGCCUAUCGGCAAUGAUAAGCCAAGCUACUGGAGUGGAGAGGGUUUUGACUUAUUAACGCGUCAUAUUCUCCAUUCAUCAAAAGUGGGUAUCUAUGGAAUCCAGUCAAAAACUGAAGCUAAUUGAUGAGGCAAUCAAGAAACUGUUAGCAGAAAAGAGAAACAGCAAAGAAGUUUCUGGUCAUAGUUCUCAAGAAGAUAAUGAUCACCACCUCCUCAACAGAUUACUUUCUGAGUUGGAAGUAUUGAAAGGAGGCAGCACAGUGGAGGAAUCAGAAGAUGAGGCAGAUUCUGCUUCAGUUGAGAAACCUGAUGAGGAGGUCGGUAGCAGCACUGAAAUUGGGGCAGAAGAGAUAGUGAAAGAGCUAAAACAUGUGAAGAGGCAAAAUAUUGUGACUCACUGCCUUCUUUCAGCUUUGAUUGUCAUAACUGUGGCCUGGCAAGUAUCUGAGGUCUCUCUCAUUCUCAAACUUAAAGACGGAUUUACUCACCCUUUUAAAUCCUUUGGAAGUGUACUUGCCGGGAUGAUCAAACUUCCCGGAGCAAAUACAAAAGAUGCUGAAAAAGAUAAAGAACACACAGAAGCAUCAUCUCCUCUCCAUAUGCCAGAACUACCGCAUAUACCUGAUUUAGGCUUACAUGGUGAUAAGAAAUAGGAACUCUUAUUGCACUCCAAAACACACACAAAAUAAAGGAAAAAAAAUUAUGGCCUUUGUUGGAAUAAUAUGCAGCUACUGCGUCAUGUUUGCUUCCUGCUUCAUUUUUAUGAAAAAUAAAAUGUGUAAAUUGGCUUGUGUGAGUGCUAAGCAGAAGGCCUCCUCCUAGUUCAGAGCCAUUAGACUGGCAUACCCCCGACAGCCACAGCUAUGUUCUCCCUUGAAAAAGAAGGGCUGUCGGGAAUGAUUGAAGAAAUUAUGCAUCUAGUAGAGUACCGCAAAAGUUCUCUUUUCUUUGUUUUCUUGGGUGCAAAAUAAGAAUAAAAUUGACUUGUGCCUAGAGCCUGCAUUCAAAUGCA